CGAUCUCACACCGAUGUCGACCCAUUCGAUGGCCUGACUGCAAACGCAUCAACUGAAAAAUCAUAGCCCGUUCUUUCAACUGUUCAGAAUACUUUGUUUCUCGAUUUAUACUGUAUCUGGGCUAAUCCUGAUGCUGUUUUUUCCAGUCGUCAGUAACGUGUAACGCGCUGCCCUUCAUGUGCGCUGUCUGCUGUGCCAGAGACUCUAGCAGGUCUAGUAUUUGUAAACCGCGGUAUAAACACGAUUUCCAGCGGACAGCGCUAUGCAGUUUUACACGUACGUGUGCAAAAAACCUCGGUGGUGUCAUCGUUUUGAGGGCGCAUUAAGUUGAUGAGGGUGUAGUAUAUAAUCCUGUAGUUUCGCUACGCCCUGUUGAUCAGAUACAGAUUUCCCUUCCUAUUACGCAGAUAAUAAAAAACACAUUUUCAGUUAUUAAUUAUGUCUGUUAGCACGCGUUCCUUUCCUUGUCGCAUCAUUAUCCGCGUCUGUUUCGUUGAAGUGUUACAUUAUUCUAUCCGCCAGCACCCGGAGCUCAGUUAAACCCUCUGGAGACACUCGUAGGCAAGAACGAAGGCACACGAACGGAAUAUAUGAUUUCCUAUGCGUCCGUCAGAAAAAUCUCACAAGACCACCUGCGCGCUGCAAUUUGUUUAGCUUCAUCAGUAACCAGGAUUCCCUCUGAAAGAAACGGGUUUUACUGACGUGUGAACUUAAUCUUCAACCAACUUCCACACAAAGAUCUACCCAUUGCUAUGAAUACUUUCAUCUGUCCAAGCCGCAGACGCGCAUAGAUCUCUGAAGGAAAUGUUCCACGGGAUUAUUAACGAAGUGAACGAACAAUAGCAUUUAUAUAUUCUUAGUACCUCACCGCGAUCAUAAAAAAAACAAACAACCUAGAAUAAUAUUGGUCAUAAAAUAUAAAAGAUUUGAAGUGCUGUUGUCUUGUUGUUCUUUUUUUUUAUAGAAAGGAACUCGCACACGCGGAAUCUGAGGAGGUUACAGUGUUUCCCACUUAGCUGCGGAGGAAUUCACGACUCGCGUCUCGGAGCCCGGAGCCCGGAGCUCGGAGCUGUCCCUUUCAGCACCACCGAGGGCUUGUAAGGGGUUUCUAAACAGCCGGCCGUGUUGCCGAGCAGCCAGGACCGGAGGAGACGCACGAAGCCUGCGGGGAGCGUGUCGCCCUACUGAGCUCCGCUCUCCGGGGAUGGGGAAUCUUCUUGGACGGCAUAAAACAACAGCAAUUAGUCCACGACAGUGAAUUCUUGCAGUGCAGAGAAGGAUCGCGCUGGCUGCCGGGAAAGCCUCGCAUCGGGGCUGGGACGCAUGCAAGACAUUGAAACCUCCUCGCCCUCGAAGAGGAACCCGGAGUCGGCACUGGACACCUCUGCUCGCCUUCAACUUGAGGACAGGAUAAUGUCCCCGGGUCUCUAUGGAGCUCGUCGGCUGGAUUCGUAAGAGCACGUCAUAAGGGACAAAGGCUGUGAUCAAGUCGGCGCGGUGGCCCUGCGUGCCCGCAUUCCGCUCUCCACCAUGACAGGCCAGAGUCUGGAGGAUCUCAGCGGGGCCGAUUUCGAAGACAGCGUCAUCUGCAUAAACGUGGGGGGGUUUAAGAAACGGCUCACGUCCAACACGCUGUCCCGGUUUCCGGACACCAGGCUGGCUCGGUUACUGCGGUGCCAGUCCAAGGAGUCGAUCCUGGAGCUGUGCGACGAUUACGACGACGCCGAGAAGGAGUUCUACUUCGACAGAAAUCCCGCGCUUUUCCCUUACGUGUUGAACUUCUACAACACCGGCCGUCUGCACGUCAUGGCCGAGCUGUGCAUCUUCUCUUUCAGCCAGGAAAUAGAGUACUGGGGCAUCAACGAGUUCUUCAUCGACUCCUGCUGCAGCAACGUCUACCACUGCAGGAAAAUGGAGCCGGUCCAGGAAGACUGGGAGGACAAAAGCGAGGAGGGAAGCACCACGUCUUCCUUCGACGAGAUCCUGGAGUUCUACAACGACGCUUCCAAGUUCGACAAGCAGCCCCUGGGCAGCGCGAGGAGGAGGAUCUGGCUAAUGCUUGACAACCCAGGCUAUUCGGUCGCCAGCAGGAUAUUCAGUGUGCUCUCCAUACUGGUGGUCCUGGGGUCUAUAGCCACCAUGUGCAUGAACAGCAUGGCUGACUUCAUGCUUGCCGACGGCGAGGGGCACCUCCUGGAGGACCCCAGGUUCGAGAUGGUGGAGCACUUUGGCAUUGGUUGGUUCACCCUCGAGCUGGUGGCCAGGUUCUCCGUGGCCCCCGACCUGCUGCGCUUCUUCGAGCACCCCCUGAAUCUCAUUGACCUCAUGUCCAUCCUUCCGUUCUACCUGACCCUGGUCAUCAACCUGGUGGUGGAGAGCAGCCCGGCGCUGGCCAACCUGGGCCGCGUGGCGCAGGUCCUGAGGCUGAUGAGAAUCUUCCGGAUCCUGAAGUUGGCCCGCCACUCCACCGGCCUCCGGUCUCUGGGGGCCACCCUGAAGAACAGCUACAAAGAGGUGGGGCUGCUGCUGCUGUACCUCUCCGUGGGGGUCUCCUUCUUCUCCGUCAUGGCCUACACCAUCGAGAGGGAGGAGAACGAGGGGCUGGCCACCAUCCCCGCCUGCUGGUGGUGGGCCACGGUGAGCAUGACCACGGUGGGCUACGGAGACGUGGUCCCCCGGACCAUCGCCGGCAAGCUCACCGCCUCCGCCUGCAUCUUAGCGGGCAUCCUGGUGGUGGUGCUGCCCAUCACGCUCAUCUUCAACAAGUUCUCCCACUUCUACAAGAGGCAGAAGCAGCUGGAGAUCGCCAUGCGGAGCUGCGACUUCGACGAGGGCAUGAAGGAGGUUCCCUCCGUUAACCUGCGCAACUACUAUGCACACAAGGUGAAGUCCCUGAUGGCCAGCCUGUCCAACAUGAGCCGCAGCUCGCCCAGCGAGCAAAGCCUGAACGAGUCGAUGCACUAGAGAGCUCCCAGGAACGGCGGCGCCUGCGAGGGGGCAAGGCGACGUUGGGUCUCGGCCCCGGCCUGUAGCUGCGCUCUGCUUCCAUGGAUAAACCCAGACAACGAAACGCACACAACAGCCUACCGUGAGGGUUUAUGGUCUCUUGAAGGACCCGAGUCUUGUGUGUUCAACCACGUGAAACAAACAAAAUAUCAUGAAUAUCAACUUGGUGUGGGUCCUGUAACUGUGUACACUGUUCAGAUGUUGCAUGAUGAUCUUAAUGUUGUCCGGUAGACAGCCAGCACCUAUCAAAAACGAUGUUACAGCCUUAUCGCCCUUUGGGUUUUUUUUUUACGGAAGAGUACUUGAGUGACCACUGAAGAGUGUUUCUGAAAGUAAUGGGACCACGUUUCUAAGUGCUUUCAUUUAAAAUGUCCUGUAAUUUUUCACAUAUUACAAUCUCCAAACCAUGACAAAAGGAAGAAAACACUACAUCGGCUCUUGAACGGAAUUUGUAGAUGAUCAUAAGAAAACGACAGAUUUAAUUAUUUAAUAAAGUUUACAUUUUCCAAACAUUUUCCAGAUAUUUUGUAUAUCUUGAAUAACUCACACUAUUUAGAAUAACGGUUCAGAUAUUCUACAGAAAACAUUUUAAAUAUGAGUUCCAAGUAGUAUAUCGCUUGAAUAACACUUGGUUAAAUUAUUCUUAAUGUUAUUAUACAAUUGAUUUGCAAUGCCCAGGAUUAAAAACAAAUUCCCAAAUUAAAAAUUUAAAGAAAGUUCUGCUGUGUUAAAACGAAUGAUAUUUUGACUACUUAUUUUAAAUGGACUUGUGUUUUAAUUUUUCAGAAAAACUCUUAUUGCAAUAUGAGAUGUAGUGCCCUAUUGUGUAGGUGCUUUUGUUGCUAGUAUCAUAAGUGUAAAUUAGUUCCUAAGCAGUUAAGAAUAACUUCAUGAUUUAUACCCCUCCUGUUCAAAUAGUACAUUAAGCACAAUAGUGUACUUCAGAUGUAUUACAAGGGCAAUCUAUUAUAUAAAAAUUGAAUUUAAUAUGGAUUUUUAGGGACUUGUUUACAAUUGAUUUCCUUUUUAAUUAUCUGUUGUACUAAGCUUGAGAAUGUAAUCUUAUUACAGCACAGAGAACACCAUUAUACUGGUAUUCGGUCUGUACCACACGACCGUUAAAUCAAUAUGUGCAGUUUUCCUGUGUGCUAAAUGUAUUGUUUGAGCUGGAGGGGUCUAAAUUGUAAAGUUAUUUUACUUUGGUACUGUAUAUUGCAAAAGCACCAUAAAUUAACUCUACUGGGGCAUCAAUACAUUUUUAUUGACUCCUGGUACAGCAGUGUCUACCACUGCAGAAAAACCGGUCCAGCCCAGGAAGACUGGGAUGGCACGAGUGAGGAAGGAAACAUCGCCUCUUCUUUUGUUGAAAUCUUGGGAGUCCUACAACAACGUUUCCACAGAUUUCGAUUUCUCCCAGAUCAGAGUGAUGUGGAAGCAGUGCUUUAUAGAAAAACUGACCACUGAGGAAUUAUUAAUCUGUCUCUAAAACAGUUUCAAAUUCACCUUCCAUCCAGAAAGUUGGAGAAACAGGUGAUGGGCGUUUGAAUUUUCAAUGUAUCAGUCACCGUCAGCACAUAGACCCAUCGAUUUCUUCUGCUUUUCUGCCUGAGGUGUUUUCAUUUAUUUCACCACUAUCCUCAGACUGCUGAGAUCAUUCGUAACAAAUAACUUUUAAUUAUAAAGCAGGAGGUUUCAUCUUAGAACAUAAGAAGAUUGCAGAGUGUAGAAGGGGCCAUUCAGUGCAUCUGGCCUGUUUGGUAUUUAGUUUAUUCUUCUAAGAAUGUCAUCCAGCUGAUUCUUGAGGGAAACCAAGGUAUUGCUGGGCAGCUUGUUCCAUGCUCCCACAACCCUUUGGGUAGAGAAGCACCUCCUGUUCUCAGGUUUC